AUGGGGUUGAAUCGUUUAGCACUCGUUUGCUCCGCCGUCCUUUUGCUAACCUUCUCCGUGGUGAGCCAUGCCGGAGUUACCAGUAACUACACCAGAGUAGCUGAACCUUCCGAAGAGAUGCCACUAGAAACCUUCCCUCCUCCUGCUGGCUAUAACGCUCCUGAACAAGUUCAUAUAACCCAAGGAGAUCACAAUGGUCGAGCUAUGAUAAUCUCGUGGGUAACGCUGGUAAACGAUGAUGGUUCUAACGUUAUUAGAUACUGGCCUGCUAAUACUGACGGAAGUACAAAGGAGAGUGCUGAAGCUUCAACAUCGUCCUAUAGAUACUUCGACUACACCUCUGGUUUUCUUCAUCACGCAACCAUUAAAGGGCUUGAGUACGAAACUAAGUAUUUCUACGAGCUUGGAAGCGGUCGCUCCACUAGACAGUUCAACUUCAUGACUCCUCCGAAAGUUGGUCCUGAUGUUCCCUACACAUUUGGUGUCAUUGGUGAUUUGGGACAAACAUUUGCCUCUAACCAGACAUUGUACAAUUACAUGUCGGCCAACCCUAAAGGCCAAGCUGUUCUUUUUGUUGGAGACUUGUCAUACGCUGAUGACCACCCGAAUCACGACCAAAGAAAAUGGGAUUCUUACGGCCGAUUUGUGGAACCGAGUGCUGCGUAUCAGCCUUGGAUUUGGGCUGCAGGGAACCACGAGUUAGAUUUCGCCCCAUCACUAGGCGAGAAUCAAGCCUUCAAGCCAUUCCAAAAACGUUAUCAAACGCCCUACAGAGCCUCAAAGAGCACUUCUUCUCUUUGGUACUCAAUCAAACGAGCCUCCACUUACAUCAUCGUACUCUCCUCUUACUCAGCUUUUGACAAGUACACACCGCAAAACUCAUGGCUCGAAAGUGAACUAAAGAAAGUAAACAGAGAAGAGACUCCAUGGCUGUUUGUUCUGGUUCACUCGCCGUGGUACAACAGCAACGGUUAUCACUAUAUGGAAGGUGAAAGCAUGAGGGUCACGUUCGAGCCAUGGUUGGUGCAAAACAAAGUCGAUAUUGUGUUUGCUGGUCAUGUUCAUGCUUACGAGCGAUCAGAGCGUGUCUCUAACAUCAAGUACAACAUCACUGAUGGUUUGAGUUCUCCGGUGAAAGAUCCAUCUGCUCCGAUUUACAUCACCAUUGGAGAUGGAGGCAACAUUGAAGGAAUCGCUAACGAUUACACGUAUCCGCAACCGAGUUACUCAGCCUAUAGGGAGGCGAGUUUCGGACACGCUAUUCUGGAUAUCAAAAACAGGACUCACGCGCUAUACACUUGGCAUAGGAACCAAGACGACGAGCCUGUUGUCGCCGAUUCACUAUGGGUGAAGAACAGAUACUUCUUGCCGGAGGAGGAGACAGAUUCCGUCGACACUAGGAUAUGA